GCAAAUGCAUCUCUGCCUCACAAAUUUAUUAUUUUGCCGCGAACGCAGAAAAGAUACGCGUAUUUGUUUACCAAAGCCUCAGUUUGUUGUACAAAAUGCCGUUUACUCUCGGAGGUGAUUACCAGCUUGUGAUGCAAAUCUAUUGGUAUAAAAAGCAUCGCAUCAUCUGCAACACCAAAGUGCAGCCGUGCACGGUCUCCCGCAUUGUCCAGAAACAAACUGACUAUCAUUGGAUGACGCCUGCCCGCUGGUCCAAUAUUGAGACGGGCUUGCAUGGCCUGCUGGAGCAGGAGCAAGAUAUUCAGAAUUUGCAUGCAGAUCUCAUCAUUGAUCACAUCAAAGUACGAGUGGACUCGAUCGAUUUUCGGCAAUUGUCUACCGAAAUUCGCCUGCCCGGCGUUUCAAUCUCGAAAAGCGAUCUGUGUCUGAUUAUGCAGCUUGAAUAUAUCGAAGAAGUUUCGAACAAUGUGAGCAAAGACUCAAAUUCUAGCGACCAUGAGGUGCACGCUCAGAAAGCGCGCAAAGAUAAACCAACCAAACGUACACAUUCCAAUGACCCACAAAUGGCACCCUCUCCGGAGAAGCGCAAGGAUAAAAAAGUUUCUGUAGAUUCUGAGAAACAAAAACCAACCAAACAGGAGCAUCGUUCGCAUUCAAGUGAGUCGGCAGAGACUCCCCCGGCUGGAAAGGAGCCUGUAAAAGUGCGUAACGCUCGCAGAUCCGUAUCACAAGAUUCUGUGAAAGGUAAAACGUCCAACAGCGGUCGCUCUUCACUUGAAAAAAAAGCCACCAAGCGUGUGCACACACCCGACUCAGAAAAAUCCAUUCCCAGGGCUGAUGGGCCGAGUCCGACCGGACGCCCGCGCCGUCCAGUAACGCGUCCAAGUCACUUAGACGACUUUAUCAUAGGAGGGAAGAAAAAGACGGACAAGAUCGACCCCACAGAUGGGCCAAUCGGGAAAAAGGGCAAUACCAAUGGGGUUGCUUCUUUGCCAUCCAAAGCAAAAAACAAGCAGCCCACUGAACCACCGCCAUCAAAGCCCAAAAGCUUUCAGCUGGCUGAACCGCUAGAACCUCGUCCAGCUCCACGCAAGGUGGAAAUUCUACUAAUGAAUAAAAUGGAAAAGGAAGAAGUACUGAAUACCUUUUCCAAGUACGAAAGCGACUUGACUAAAUUUUUUAAGGAGAAUCGACACAAGCAUACACAUCGAUUCAUGGACAUUCAGCAUGUGCAUGUCAUAGAUAUAAUACACAGGGACGUGGAACUAUGCAUGCUCAGGAAACUGGGCGAAGUGUAUGGCACCAAAACAGCUUACACGUCGCUACAGAUUAAUGCUUUGCUGCCAUUGUGGAUUGUGCGUCUCUUAAUGGACACAUUUAAAAUUGCUACUGCCGAGGAGGCUGUGUGUCAGAUCAAAGACCAACUGGCUUACGGCACAUAUUUAAAUGCCAUUAAUAAUGAGCCACUAGAAUCCGAUUUGGAGAAUUGAUUAAACACUCUUUAUUUGAAUUCUCG